AGAUCUUAGAACAUGAUCCUCCACCUGGUGUCGUUUGUUAUCCGGUAGACGGUAGUUUCACGCGUUUUUGUGCACAAAUUAAAGGACCGAAAGAUACACCAUAUGAAGACGGUAUGUUUAAAGUUGAUGUACAAAUUCCAGCACGAUAUCCUAUGGAACCGCCAAGAAUGCAAUUCAUUACUCCAAUUUAUCAUCCAAACGUUGACGAUGUCGGACGUAUUUGUUUGGAUAUUUUAAAGAUGCCACCCAAUGGUUCAUGGAAGCCUUCCUUGAAUAUUUCUACUACGUUGACUUCUUUAUGUAUUUUAAUGGCUGACCCAAACCCUGAUGAUCCACUUUUAGUUGAAAUUGCAAGCGAAUUUAAGGAAAACCGGCCCUUGUUUCUUCAAAAAGCAAAAGAAGCUACAUUGAAACAUGCUAUGGAAAAUAAAAAUUCAGGAACAUAA